AUGAAGCAACAUUUGCUUGAACGAACAACAGCGUGGUUGACGACUUGGAGUCUCAUUCUGCUCGUGGCCGUUGCUCAAGAAGAUGUUCACCCUGACGUAGUUGCCGUUGUUGAUGUUGCUGGAGGUGUACGACCGACACCACUUUGGGCAAGCAGUUAUUCGGACGGCGAGAAUUGCUACUGCCUUCCUUCGUUGGAUAGCGCCAUUGGGAACUUUGUCGUAGAAACGCCAUUAGGGUGGCUGACGACGCAGGAAGUGUGCGAUCUGCUAGGAACAGGACCAGGAAGACUAGGACAACCCCUUUACAAUGAUAUCCAAUGCGGUAACGGCCCCCCAAACGCUGAUGAAAACGAAUUCCUUUGUCCGGGACGAACCGAUAUUGGGGAAACAGGUUGUGGUCAAAUAGGACCCAAAUGGAAUUUUGAUAAUGCAAACCUUGCGGACGGCCCCCCACGACUUCCAUCGUUGCCUGAGGACAUUCAUCCCGAUAUCGUUGCGGUGAUCGACGUUGUGGGUGGUGUGACGCCGAAUGGAAGAUCGUGGGCCGACAGCUAUUCCUUUGGCAACAAGUGCUAUUGUGCGACAACGUUUGAUCACGACAUUGCGGACGUGCUAGUCGAAACACCGCAGGGAUGGAUGACGAUCCGUCAAGCUUGCGAGUUACUUGGACCGGGUCCCGGUAUUGAAGGACGACCGGUGUACAAUGACAUACAGUGCGGGAAUGGACCACCUAAUAAUGCAGGCGAUGAGCACGUGUGUCCUGGACGAACCGAUGUACGUCGACUGGAACGCGGUAGACUGGCUAGUAUUUUCAGACCGUUGUUUUCUCGGACUGUUUAUAAUGAAAUGCCUCACCAUGAUGCUUCUCCGUUGUACAAUUCACAGCUUGGACCAGAAGGUUGUGGUCAGAUUGGUCCCCGUUGGAAUUUUGAUGCCAUCAAAUCAUUACCGCCAGGCAGCGCCCCCACAGCUCUGCCCUCUUCUUUAGCAGCCGGAGCAGUGCCUGUCCCAAUGCUACGGGGCUUAGGGGUAAUCACCGGAUAUCUGUUCUGUGUUUUGAACUGGCAACUUUUUGAUCUCGUUCCGUGA